UUGACAUUUAAUUUUACAUCAACUUGACUGUAAUAACAUAUUAGCGAUAUUGCUAAAGAAAAGGCAAGAAAAAUAAACUUAGGGAAAAACAUAAAAACUGUGUAUUAAUUCCUUGUGUCCAUAUUACCCAUCCAGAAGACAUCACCAGCCCAUCAUCAGAACAGGCAAACAUGCGAUGACUAAAUUCAGUCAUCUCUGACACUCGAUCCUAUGAAAACCAUAGCUUUACACUUGUUUCAUUAGUAGGACAGUAUAAUUGUCAGGUAAGAGGAGAAUGCACUUGAACAGCUUAUCUUUAAAAAUUUAGGUAUAUGCCACUUGGGCCACCAUUUAGUCCUGUUGUUCCAUCACACAAAUGUUAGUGUCGCGCCAGGGAGGGUGGGUGCUGGGAUACGGGAGUUCUCUCCCGGCUCGUACCUGAGCUCUGGGCUCCGGGCAGCGGUCCGGCAGGUGUGAGGGGACAGCCCCGCCCCCGCCGCCCACCUGCACCGGGAUUGGCUGCCACUGGCCGGCCGGCCGGCGGGCGGCCCCUGGAGCGGGACGCUGAAGGGGGCCUCGGGCUCUGACUCCCUGGGUUGCAAGUGCUCGGGGCGAAAGCGCUGCUGCCGGCUGCUGCCCACCUGUCUCCAACCGCGCGCCCUCGCAGCGACUUCUCCGUCGGAGUUCCCUGUUCCCUUAACAAACCCGCUUGUACUCUCAGGCUUCCCCGAGACCCCGGGGUCGGUCCCUUCGGAGGAGGCGGUCAAGGUCUGGGCCUCCGGGCCUCGUGGGUGUCCCAGCGGCCUGGCGCGUUGCACCCGGAGGGCUGGGCUGGGGGCGCGGCGUGGGUAGGCGGGCCGGCGCGCGGGGGCUGCAGGAAGCGGGGGCGGCGGCCGCUCGGGCCGGCUCCGCGGGGUUAGAGACACCCGGAAACGGAUUCGGCCUUGGGGCCCGCGCGGGCAGGGCGUCUCGCGGCGGGCGCGGGCCGGCGGCUGCUGAGUAAUCCCCUGCGGCGGCGGGAGGCGGCUCCGCCCUCCCAGCCGCCCCGCCCCGGCCUCCCGGCUCCGCGGAGCUCCGGCAGGUAGAGCCAGCCGGGCUCGGGCGCGCGCGGGGUCCGCAGCUGCCGCCCCACUUCGCCUCGGCCCUGCCCAGAGCCUCGCGCGCCCAUGGCCGGCUCCGAGCAGCAGCGGCCGCGGCGGCGGGACGACGGAGACUCGGCCGCGGCGGCCGCGGCGCCCCUGCAGGACGCGGAGCUGGCCUUGGCCGGCAUCAACAUGCUGCUGAACAACGGCUUUAGAGAGUCGGACCAGCUUUUCAAACAAUACAGACAUCAUAGCCCACUGAUGAGUUUUGGAGCCAGCUUUGUCAGUUUUCUGAAUGCCAUGAUGACAUUUGAGGAAGAAAAAAUGCAGUUGGCAUGUGAUGACUUAAAAACUACAGAAAAGCUGUGUGAAAGUGAGGAGGCUGGAGUCAUUGAAACAAUCAAGAAUAAAAUUAAGAAGAAUGUCGAUGUCCGAAAAUCCACCCCCUCUAUGGUCGAUCGACUUCAGAGGCAGAUAAUCAUAGCUGACUGUCAAGUUUACCUGGCUGUGCUCUCGUUUGUAAAACAAGAAUUGUCAGCAUAUAUCAAAGGUGGGUGGAUCCUUAGGAAAGCCUGGAAGAUUUACAACAAAUGCUAUCUGGACAUCAACGCCCUCCAGGAACUGUAUCAGAAGAAGCUUACUGAAGAGCCCUUGACCUCUGAUGCUGCAAAUGAUAAUCAUAUUGUGACUGAAGGGGUGUCCGAGGAGUCUCUAAACAGACUGAAGGGUGCUGUUAGCUUUGGAUAUGGCCUGUUCCACCUCUGCAUAUCCAUGGUGCCCCCAAACCUGCUCAAAAUCAUCAACCUGCUGGGUUUUCCUGGAGACCGCCUGCAGGGCCUUUCCUCACUGAUGUAUGCGAGCGAAAGUAAGGACAUGAAGGCCCCUUUAGCUACAUUAGCUCUGCUCUGGUAUCACACUGUAGUCCGCCCGUUUUUUGCCUUGGAUGGCAGUGAUAACAAAGCAGGCCUGGAUGAAGCGAAGGAAAUUCUUCUCAAAAAAGAAGCUGCUUAUCCAAAUUCUUCCCUCUUUAUGUUUUUCAAGGGACGCAUACAACGAUUAGAGUGUCAAAUCAACAGUGCCUUGACGUCCUUCCACACUGCUUUGGAGCUGGCUGUGGACCAGAGGGAAAUCCAGCACGUCUGUCUAUAUGAGAUCGGUUGGUGCAGCAUGAUAGAGCUGAAUUUCCAGGAUGCAUUUGAUUCCUUUGAGAGGCUAAAAAAUGAGUCCAGGUGGUCCCAGUGCUAUUAUGCCUAUUUAACCGCAGUCUGUCAGGGAGCCACCGGUGAUGUGGAGGGGGCACAGAUUGUCUUUAAAGAAGUUCAGAAGCUCUUCAAAAGGAAGAACAAUCAGAUUGAACAGUUCUCAGUGAAAAAGGCAGAGAGGUUCCGGAAGCAAACGCCCACCCGGGCACUCUGCAUGCUGGCGUCCAUCGAAGUGCUGUAUUUGUGGAAGGCCCUCCCCAACUGCUCCUUCCCCAACCUGCAGAGGAUGAGUCAAGCCUGCCAUGCAGUGGAUGAUUCAUCUGUUGUUGGACUAAAGUAUUUGCUUCUCGGUGCCAUACACAAAUGUCUGGGGAACUCGGAAGAUGCUGUUCAGUUCUUUCAGCGAGCUGUUAAAGAUGAGUUGUGUCGUCAGAAUAAUUUAUACGUUCAGCCAUAUGCUUGCUAUGAACUGGGCUGUCUUCUAUUAGACAAACCAGAGACUGCAGCAAGAGGCAGAACUCUACUUCUUCAAGCAAAGGAGGAUUUCUCUGGCUACGACUUUGAAAACAGACUGCAUGUCCGCAUCCACGCUGCUCUGGCCUCUCUGAGGGAGUUGGUUCCUCAGUGACAGGCCCGGAGUUCCCGCUCUGCCUCUUCCCACCUGGGCUCCGCACUUUAAAGUAAAAGCAGAGGACACAGCUCACGUGAAGAUCGGCUUUUCUUCUGAAAACCACCUGUGCCAGGGACACAUUUUCCCCGUUAGGCUGACAUAGUAAAGAUCUAGCUAAAAGUAAUAACAACGACGAUAAUAGUGAUUAUGACUAACCACCUGGGGAGAGGGUUAAGUGACCUUGUUCAAACAUUUUAGUUUUGUGAUUUAUUAUUUUUAAAAUAAAAUCCAGCUAAAUAUUCAACCUGUGAUCUUGUAGGAACGCCUACUUUAAGCACACGUCUGACUGGGAACACUAAGACGCACCUGUAAAAUUAUUAACGGUAUCAUGACAUAGCAUUUAUAUUGUGUUUUGAACAAAAUAAAAGUGCUUUCCAGUGUUGUACUUUGCCGUCCAACUACUCCUGUGAAUACCGUGGCCCAGAUGUUUCCGUCCCUGCUGUCCAGACCGAGAACCGCAGGCACCAGAGGCAACUGGCGUACCCCGUGAGUGGAGCAGCGAGUCGAGUGCAGGUCUCCAGGCCAUGAAGCAAGUUUUCUUUUAGUGUAAAAAUAUAUGUUAAUAACCCAGAAGUCCAUGUUUUCCUUAUUAAAAAAAUUGCUCUUCAGUUGAA